AUUAGCUUACUACUAAUAAGCAAUUAUUUGAUAACCAGUUUCUCUUAAAUUAAUUGCCAUUACUUCAUUAGAGAAAAUGAAGUCGAAAUAGAACAACAACUUACGCGUUAAAACAUACUGUAAGCAGGGCGUGGUUUCAAGCAGUGGGCGUGGUUAUGUCAACUCCGUUUUAAUUUUUUUCCACACCUCGGCUCAGCAAAAUGGCUGUGCUGUAGUCAAAAUAUGAAGUUGCCACCCGGCAAGAGGAUUAUGAAAAGCAAAUCAACGUUAUUCUAUUGGAUUACGGUGGACCUUGUUUUUCUCUAGGACAGACAUUGGAGCUCCUAAUACAGCCAUGGAUGUGACCACCUCAUUGAAGAUGAGCUCCAUGACCACCCAGAGUCUCUUCAGCUAUGUGGAGGAGGAAAAUUUAUCGGCCCUCAAAGCUCAUCUGGACAAAUACAGAGAUGUGGACACCAGAAGUGAUAGUGGCCAGACUCCUCUGAUGGUGGCAUCAGAGCUGGGAAGUCUGGAGAUCGUGCAGGAGCUCAUCAGGAGGGGCGCAAACGUAAACUUGGAUGAUAUUGAUUGCUGGACAGCAUUGAUUUCAGCUGCUAAGGAGGGACAUGUUGAGGUGGUGAAGGAACUGUUGGAGAACAAUGCCAAUGUGGAGCACAGAGACAUGGGUGGAUGGAGCGCGCUCAUGUGGGCGGCUUAUAAGGGCCGUUUGGAGGUGACACGUCUGCUGCUGGAGAAAGGAGCGAACCCUAACAUCACCGGACAGUACAGCGUUUAUCCCAUCAUCUGGGCGGCUGGAAGAGGUCAUGCGGAGAUAGUUCAACUUCUGCUUCUGCAUGGAGCCAAAGUCAACUGUUCUGACAAGUAUGGCACCACACCUCUGAUCUGGGCAGCCAGGAAGGGCCAUUUUGACUGUGUGAUGCAUCUGCUGGAGAAUGGGGCCAAUGUGGAUCAGGAGGGAGCGAACUCAAUGACUGCGCUGAUAGUGGCCGUCCGAGGCGGCUUCACAGAAGUGGUGAAGGAGAUUCUAAAGAGGAAUCCCAACAUGAACAUGACUGAAAAAGAUGGCAACACAGCACUGAUGAUUGCUGCCAUAGAGGGCUACACCGAGAUCGUACAGGACCUGCUGGACGCAGGCACAUAUGUCAACAUCCCUGAUCGGAGCGGUGAUACGGUGCUGAUCGGUGCUGUCAGAGGAGGCCACGUGGAGAUCGUCCGAGCUUUGCUUAAUAAAUACGCCGAUAUUGAUGUCAGAGGCCAGGACGGUAAGACCGCCCUGUACUGGGCUGUGGAGAAAGGCAAUGCAACGAUGGUACGAGACAUUUUGCAGUGCAACCCGGACACUGAGGCCUACACUAAGGAUGCAGAGACUCCUCUUAUAAAAGCCACCAAGAUGAGAAACAUGGAAAUUGUGGAGCUUCUUUUAGACAAAGGGGCCAAGGUGUCUGCAGUGGAUAAGAAAGGAGACACAGCUUUGCACAUUGCCAUCCGUGGGAGAAGCCGUAAGCUUGCUGAACUGCUUUUGAGGAACCCUAAAGAUGGCCGCCUGCUCUACCGGCCCAACAAAGAGGGCGAGACCCCUUACAACAUUGACUGCACCCAUCAGAAGAGCAUCCUCACCCAGAUUUUUGGAGCCAAGCACCUGUCUCCCUCUGAGUGUGAUGGUGACAUGUUGGGUUACGACCUGUACAGCAGCGCAUUGGCUGACAUCUUGAGCGAGCCAACCAUGCAGCCGCCCAUUUGCGUGGGUCUGUAUGCCCAGUGGGGCAGCGGAAAGUCCUUCCUGCUCAAGAAACUGGAAGAUGAGAUGAAGACGUUUGCUGGGCAGCAGGUGGAGCCGUUGUUUCAGUUUUCGUGGUUGGUGGUGGUCUUGACUCUGCUGCUGUGUGGAUCUGUGGCUCUUGUCUUGGGUUUUGCCGUUGAUGCGAAGCUGGCCAUCGCUGUGGCCCUUAGCCUGCUCGCACUGCUGUAUAUCUUCUUUGUGUUGGUGUACUUUGGUGGGAGAAAAACAGGAGAGAGUUGGAGCUGGGCCUGGGGGCUUAGCACCAGACUGGCCCGUCACAUCGGCUACCUGGAGCUGCUGUUGAAACUCAUGUUUGUAAAUCCCCCCGAGCUUCCGGAACAAACCACCAAGGCUCUGCCUAUCAGGUUUCUGUUCACGGACUAUAACCGUCUGUCGAGUGUGGGAGGGGAGACGUCUAUGGCUGAAAUGAUAGCCACGCUGUCCGACGCUUGCGAGAGAGAGUUUGGCUUCCUGGCCAGCAGACUUUUCAGGGUCUUCAAGAACAAUGAAACUCAGGGAAAGAAGUGGAAGAAAACGUGCUGCGUCCCUUCCUUCGUGCUGUUUGUGUUGACGUCGGGCUGUCUGAUCACAGGCAUGACCCUACUGGCCAUCUUCAAGGUGGAUGUGGAGAACCUCACGGUAAACGCCGUUCUCAUCGCCAUGGCCUGUGUGGUGGGUCUGGCUUUGCUUCUGAACUGUCGGACCUGGUGGCAGGUGACCGACUCUGUGCUUCACUCUCAAAGGAGAAGACUGCACAAUGCUGCCAACAGCAUGCACAAACUAAAGAGUGAGGGAUUUAUGAAGGUUCUGAAGUGUGAAGUGGAGCUCAUGGCUAAAUUGGGUAAAACUAUUGAUGGCUUUACUCAGAAUCAGACUCGACUUGUUGUCAUCAUCGACGGCUUGGAUUCCUGCGAACAGGACAAAGUGCUACAGAUGCUUGAUACGGUUCGAGUGCUCUUUUCUAAAGGUCCCUUCAUCUCCAUCUUCGCCAGCGACCCUCAUAUCAUCAUCAAAGCCAUAAAUCAGAACCUCAACAGCGUGCUGCGUGACUCCAACAUCAACGGCCAUGAUUACAUGCGAAACAUCAUCCACUUGCCCGUCUUCCUCAACAGCCGUGGCCUCAGCACCGCCAAGAGGCUCUGCAUUGCCACACCAGCCAAUGUGGACCAACUCAAUGCUGAAGCGUGGCAAGAGGACAUGGACAGGAAGUUGCCUCAGAACAGUCUCGGGGAGCAGGGCAGACAGGGCAGUAAAACAGCAUUGAACCGCAGGGACACAUACCGCAGAAGACAGAUGCAGCGCAGUGUCACGCGGCAGAUGUCCUUUGACCUGACCAAGCUGCUGGUCACUGAGGACUGGUUUAGUGACAUCAGCCCCCAGACUAUGAGAAGACUGCUCAACAUCGUAUCGGUCACAGGUCGACUUCUCAGAGCAAAUCAGAUCAUUUUUAACUGGGACCGGUUGGCAUCCUGGAUCAACCUGACGGAGGAGUGGCCGUAUCGCACCUCCUGGAUCAUUCUGUUUUUGGAGGAGGCCGAUGGGGUCUCAGACCAGGUUACUCUAAAGACCAUCUAUGAGAGGAUCUCUAAAAACAUCCCCACCACUAAAGAUGUGGAGCCGCUGCUGGAAAUCGAUGGUGAUAUUCGCAGUUUCGAGGUGUUUCUUUCCUCGCACGCGCCUGUUCUUACUGCUCGUGAUGUGGAGAUGUUUCUGCCUUGCACCGUCAACCUGGACCCCAAACUAAGGGAGAUCAUUGCAGAUGUACGAGAUGCAAGAGAGCAGAUGCACCUUGGAGGAGUCAGUUUUCCCACAAUGCCCCUGCAAGAUGCUACGGCGCGGCCUCACUCCGUGUUUGGGCAGCAGUCUUUGGCGUGUUCUCCUACAGGCUCAUUUCCUGGGUCUUUCCCCACCGGUGGUGUGAUGUCACCCUCCCAGCCCCACAGCAGUUACUUCAGCGGUCUUACCGGCCCACAACAUCCCUUCUACAACAGGCCCUAUUUUCCUCAUCAUGUUUAUCACCUGCCCCGACAUUACCCCGGCAACCCCCAUCACGCCCCCUCACGUCCACCUACUAAACUCCAUAAGGACCCCAGCAUGACACUAGAUGUAAUCAGAGAAGACUCCAGUGAGGGUCUUCCCUCUCCUACAUCCCCUUCUAUGAUAAAAUCACAACCCUACAGAAUGAAACAGGGCUCUGGUUGUGGGGUUUCUGGUGAGCCCCAAGUUCUUCUUAGUUCCCUAAGCAUUGACGCAGUGUGCGAGAAGCUUGGGCAGCUCCAGGGCCUGGACCCCUGUAUGCUGGAAGAGUACAUCAACACAGUCAAAAAGGCCAACGUGAACGGUCGGGUUUUGUCUCAGUGCAACCUUGAUGAGCUCAAAAAGGAGAUGAACAUGAACUUCGGAGACUGGCAUCUUUUCAGGACCAUGGUUCUAGAGCAACGGCAACUGGAGAGCCAGCUGUUGCAUGAUGAAUCGGGGGCGUGCGGUGACCAGAGCGGCAUCGUUUUGACUCAACUCGAACCUCGCGGACCCUCUGAAGCACCACGAGAUGUUGCGAUAAACCCAGACAACUUCUCAUACAGCCUCAACCUGAGCUUUGAAGAGCUCAGCAGCGUGGGACUCGAGGAGCCUUCCAGGCAACACGGUGCCCAGUGGCUGGCCAACAGUCACAGGGCACCCAGUAUAUCCAGUCUGAACUCUCAGGAAUCUUCCAAUGACAUCUGUAGGCUGACUGAUAAGCAGCAGGCCGAGUAUCGCAAUGCCUACCAGGAGUACAUCUCCCACAUGGCCCAUAUGGAAGCGUCCGCUGCUGGCCGGAAAAGUCCCGCCCAAGCUCCGGCCAGCCAGUUCCACCCAGCCAGCUCAGAAGAUAACACGAAGGAAAGGGAGCAAGAGGGGCGUAGACCCUUUACAAAUAAGAGCUCCAAACCUGGAGAAAACAUGGCGGACUUCUCUUCCGCCCCAGACGGUCUGCUAGAUCCCAUUACAGAGGAGGAUGAGAAAUCAGAGCAUGGAUCUGCCUCUAAAGUCCCAUCCAGACGCAAGAGCAAAGGUCAGGGGCCGUAUUACCACAGCGUACCCAAUAAUGAAGAGGAGUCAGAGGAUGAAGAAACAGACGCCACUCCACUUCUAAAGGAUGAUGCCUGGGCUGCAAGACAAGAUCACGGGAAAAACUUAAUCUCAGAGAUGAUCAUGCAGGACAAGAAAUCAUCUGACUCUGGAGUGAGGUCCAGCAGGAGCUCAUCCGAUCGCUCGCUACCGGAUGAAGAGAACGAAGCAGCCCAGGAGAAUUCAAGUGAGAAGAAAGAAGAGACCAGCCUGAUCGAGCUGACUCUUGAGAGUCCGGUAAAGAAGCGACUCCUUCCUCAUAGGCUGAGUAACCUGCAAGAUGAAGCCGUGGCCCGGAUGUCCAUCUGCUCCGAUGCUCCAUCAGAUAGCAGUCUACAAGCCAGCAGCCCUGAGGAAAGCUGGCCUGCUUCAGCUGUGAACAACCUCAACUGCUCACCAGAUAAUGCUGCUCACAACAACAACGUCAAUAACAGCGCCCAGCGGCCUGUGACGCAUCCCAUCGAUUGCCCUUCGCUCAUUAUAUCUCCAGGCUCCAGCACCAAUACCACCACGCUGACCAACCAGAACCUGCGCGGAGGCCACCGGAAGAGAACCACAUCCACUGCCACUGAAGCCGCUGAUGAACGAGAAAGUGUCCUUUAAGGACCUACUGGCGUUCCUCCAGUAAAUUUAUUCGUACUGGUAUCUGACCACUAUAGAAGCAACAGACGCUACAUGAAACUUUUGUAAUUUAGUGGUGUUGAGUAUCUUUGUGCACUGUUAGUUCUCAAAACGUAAGGUUUUUUAAUGUGUUGUGUGAUUAGAUUCUUUUAUUAUUAACACAGAUCAUCUUAAAAUGUUACUGGGUGUUACUGUAUUAGGUUAGCUGUUAUUGUAGUAAGUAUUAAAGUAUUAAAAAAAGCAAUACACAUUGAGGUUGUGAUGCGUUUAGUGCAAAAGCUGUUAUUUAUGCACCGUUGCUUAUAUUAAAGAUGUAGGAUUUGUCCAUAAUAUUAAAAUCAUCAAGUAGAGUGGGGAUUUAACAACACAUGGAUAAUGUUGGUGAUUUUGUGAUACUGUAUUGUAAAAACUGCUAUUUAUAUGUAAUUGAAUGCCUGGUUCAUUCAGGUCAUCUGUUUAGUUUGCUCGACUUUGUAGUGUUUUAUAAUUGACUUGUUUUAUUAAAAAAUAAAUAUAAUUUUGUGUGUGCGCA